ACGGAUAUAAACCAUGAGGCAACUAAAGUCAUCAGUUCUGAUUCUAUUGGUGGUAGCAGUCGCUUUAUUCUUAAUGGCAUACACCCUGCUGUUUGACGACAAAAGCUACCGUAAUUCAGUUCAAAAUGUCGUAAAUUUUCCCGACGAAAAUCAAAGAGAUACCAACAUUAAACCAACCUUCAACUCAUCUAUGCCUUUCGGACAAGAAAUUGCUGAUGUUCUAAAUGUGGCGAGACAAAUGAAUGUUAAACCUUUACUGGUUACCCUGAUUAAUGGAGCUUACCUACAGUUUGCCUUGAGUUGGUUAUGUAACACAGAACACAUGGGAAUUCACAAACAGGUAUUGAUUAUCAGUACAGACUUGGACACAAAAGAUACGAUAAAGAAGCAAUGGCCGAAUGUAAAUGUAGUAGCUAUUUCCGGUAUGCCAUUAAAUGGCGACCAAUCAUAUAGCCAUGCAGGAUACGUUAGGUUAACAAACUUUCGAGCACAUGUAUUGUUAGAAUUAUUGUUGAUCAAUCAAGAGGUUUUUUUAUUUGAAGUGGACGCAUUGUGGAUAAACAAUCCAGUUCCGGUUUUAUCCAGUACUAAAAACGCCGAUAUUCUUGCAAAUCCUGUGUCCGAGAGACCUGGUUUAACAGCCAUUGGGUUUCUAUAUUUAUUCCCAACAAACCCUACGAUUCUAACAUGGAAAGAAUUGAACAGAAGAUUGUAUGAGUUGGAUAAGAAAAUUAAAUCUCUACCCGCGGGAAAACUAAUUUCUGAAGGAGACAAUGACCAGAUAUAUGUGUCUGGGAUAAUAAACAAACGACUGGGAGGAUUAACAAAGAAAGAGUUACCGCUAGCUGAUUAUCCAGACGGGAAAUGGUAUGUGAUGUCAGAAGCGAAACGGAAGGCAUCACGACCAUAUGUAAUCAACAAUAACUGGGUGAUUGGGAACAAAAAUAAAAUAUUACGCGCCAAAAAAUGGGGACAUUGGUUUUUAAGUGACGAGGGUAAUUGUAACAUUUCAAAUAUCCAACGAAUUACAGAAGACUUCUGGCAUCCUCUAGAGAAAAUCUGAAUUCUCGAAAAUAUUGUAGCAUGAGCUAUUUUGAUCCUUCAAGGAGUCCUUACCAAAGGCGAGAACGACCGUGAUAUGAGAUUAAUAUGUGCGCACGAAACUGCGCACUGUCGCAAACAGUGUCGUUUAAUGUUAAUGAUACAUUAUAUUUCGAAAAGAAAGCUGUUUAAUAUGCGAUUAGGAUUGUACAACAUAAAAGCUGAGCUCAUUGACAGAUCAUAUCAAUGUCAAACUCUGUCAGAUUUUAUCUACAUAUACGUACAUAAGUAAUUAAAGUUUAUUGAAGUAGUGACGUUUUUUUUUAGUUUUAAUUUUUU